UAGAAUUUGAAGCAGUGCUGGUAGAAGAAACAAAGAGAUUAUUCGUCACAUCGGCACAUGGGAUGGGGUGAUCUUCAUAUCUCAUCCCGUCUUCUUCGUCUCCCACUUUUGUUUCUCUGUCGCUCGAUGGAGAGAUUACCUGUCGAUGUCUGUCUCAAGAUUCUUAGUUUGUUAGAUCAUCAAAAUCUUGCAACUGCUCAAUUGGUGUGCAGGAAGUGGAAAAUCUUAGCCUCAGACGACACUUUAUGGUCUAACCUGUUUACGCAAAGAUGGGGAGUAGAUCAUGCCACAUUCUUUGCUCCUGAAGGUUCAAAAUUGUGGAAAGAUGUGUAUGCAGUGCAAGAUCGAGGUGAUCGUGUUGGAUUGGGCCUAAAGAUCAUAAGAGAAGGAGAUGAUUAUUACCUUGUCCACCAAGGCGAGAUUCAACGGCAUUUAGGCUCUAGAAGACCAAAAACUGGGGAAAUCAUUCAUUCUCCUGCAACUGUUGGGGAAGAAGAAUUUUCUAACAUGGUGGAACCAUCUUCAGGUAUUUUAGAUAAGAUCCUAUUCUUCAUUGGGGACUUGGAGUCUGCUUCUGUACAUGCAAAAAGGAGUCGAGUUCUGUGAAUAAUUCUCAAUUGUGUUUGUGUAUAACAUAUGUUGUAAUACAGAAUAUAAGCGCAAGUUGUAAUACAGAAUAUAAGCGCAAGUUGUAAUACGAAAUUUGCUGCCAAUGCACAAUGCACACUGGAUCAGUUGGUUAGGACGGACUACUUCCUCUAUAAAGGUCAUGUCUUCAAAUUUCAUUGUGGAUAUGAGUAUUGCAUUGGUGGGUAAUUUGUAAGUAUUUAGCAAACAACUUGUGAUUCCAAGAGCUUGCCCUGGCCUAGGAUGGCUACGGCGCCUAAAA